GUGUGUGUGUCACUACUACUGUGUCAGAGUGUGUGUGUGUGUGUGUGUGUGUCACUACUACUGCGUCAGAGUGUGUGUGACAUCUCCCCAACACAUCCAGUCAGCCAGUUAGAACAGAACCUCUCCGGCCACCUCAGCAUUCUACUGUUCCUAUUCUAGAAUGUCCCUCUGUCAUUGUGGCGUCACGGUGACUGCUGAGAGUUCUCCUCUGCCUGGACCCGGCCUGCGAACCGUAUGGCACCCUAUUCCCUAUAUAGUGCACUACUUCUGACCAGAGCCCCUAUGUAGGGAAUAGGGUGCCAUUUGACAUGCUGCCCAGAAGUGUCAAUUUGUUGAAGAAGACGGAUGGUUGAUGCUUUGUGAACGCAGCCCUGCGUACAGGACUAUAUAUAACACAGGGACUAUAAGGCUGGUCGACCUCAACCUAUAACACUGUACAGGACUAUAUAUAACACAGGGACUAUAAGGCUGGUCGACCUCAACCUAUAACACUGUACAGGACUAUAUAUAACACAGGGACUAUAAGGCUGGUCGACCUCAACCUAUAACACUGUACAGGACUAUAUAUAACACAGGGACUAUAAGGCUGGUCGACCUCAACCUAUAACACUGUACAGGACUAUAUAUAACACAGGGACUAUAAGGCUGGUCGACCUCAACCUAUAACACUGUACAGGACUAUAUAUAACACAGGGACUAUAAGGCUGGUCGACCUCAACCUAUAACACUGUACAGGACUAUAUAUAACACAGGGACUAUAAGGCUGGUCGACCUCAACCUAUAACACUGUACAGGACUAUAUAUAACACAGGGACUAUAAGGCUGGUCGACCUCAACCUAUAACACUGUACAGGACUAUAUAUAACACAGGGACUAUAAGGCUGGUCGACCUCAACCUAUAACACUGUACAGGACUAUAUAUAACACAGUGGCUAUAUUUAAUAUGGAUUAUUUAUUGUGUAUAGACUGGGUGUUGUAGUAUAAUGUAUAGACUGGGUAUAGACUGGGUGUUGUAGUAUAAUGUAUAGACUGGGUGUUGUAGUAUAAUGUAUAGACUGGGUGUAGACUGGGUGUAUAGACUGGGUGUUGUAGUAUAAUGUAUAGACUGGGUGUAUAGACUGGGUGUAUAGACUGGGUGUUGUAGUAUAAUGUAUAGACUGGGUGUAUAGACUGGGUGUAUAGACUGGGUGUAUAGACUGUGUGUUGUAGUAUAAUGUAUAGACUGGGUAUAGACUGGGUGUUGUAGUAUAAUGUAUAGACUGGGUGUAUAGACUGGGUAUUGUAGUAUAAUGUAUAGACUGGGUGUAUAGACUGGGUGUUGUAGUAUAAUGUAUAGACUGGGUGUAUAGACUGUGUGUUGUAGUAUAAUGUAUAGACUGGGUAUAGACUGGGUGUUGUAGUAUAAUGUAUAGACUGGGUGUAUAGACUGGGUAUUGUAGUAUAAUGUAUAGACUGGGUGUAUAGACUGUGUGUUGUAGUAUAAUGUAUAGACUGGGUGUUUGUAGUAUAAUGUAUAGUAGAUCAGGUUAAUAUGGUUUAUUUACUGUGUGUUGUAGACUCUGUAGAUCAGGUCAAUAUGGUUUAUUUACUGUGUGUUGUAGACUCUGUAGAUCAGGUUAAUAUGGAUUAUUUACUGUGUGUUGUAGACUCUGUAGAUCAGGUUAAUAUGGAUUAUUUACUGUGUGUUGUAGACUCUGUAGAUCAGGUUAAUAUGGUUUAUUUACUGUGUGUUGUAGACUCUGUAGAUCAGGUCAAUAUGGUUUAUUUACUGUGUGUUGUAGACUCUGUAGAUCAGGUUAAUAUGGUUUAUUUACUGUGUGUUGUAGACUCUGUAGAUCAGGUCCAAAUGGUUUAUUUACUGUGUGUUGUAGAUCAGGUUAAUAUGGUUUAUUUACUGUGUGUUGUAGAUCAGGUCAAUAUGGUUUAUUUACUGUGUGUUGUAGACUCUGUAGAUCAGGUUAAUAUGGUUUAUUUACUGUGUGUUGUAGAUCAGGUCAAUAUGGUUUAUUUACUGUGUGUUGUAGACUCUGUAGAUCAGGUUAAUAUGGUUUAUUUACUGUGUGUUGUAGACUCUGUAGAUCAGGUUAAUAUGGUUUAUUUACUGUGUGUUGUAGACUCUGUAGAUCAGGUUAAUAUGGUUUAUUUACUGUGUGUUGUAGACUCUGUAGAUCAGGUCCAAAUGGUUUAUUUACUGUGUGUUGUAGAUCAGGUAAAUAUGGUUUAUUUACUGUGUGUUGUAGACUCUGUAGAUCAGGUUAAUAUGGUUUAUUUACUGUGUGUUGUAGACUCUGUAGAUCAGGUCAAUAUGGUUUAUUUACUGUGUGUUGUAGACUCUGUAGAUCAGGUUAAUAUGGUUUAUUUACUGUGUGUUGUAGACUCUGUAGAUCAGGUUAAUAUGGUUUAUUUACUGUGUGUUGUAGACUCUGUAGAUCAGGUUAAUAUGGUUUAUUUACUGUGUGUUGUAGAUCAGGUUAAUAUGGUUUAUUUACUGUGUGUUGUAGACUCUGUAGAUCAGGUUAAUAUGGAUUAUUUACUGUGUGUUGUAGACUCUGUAGAUCAGGUUAAUAUGGAUUAUUUACUGUGUGUUGUAGACUCUGUAGAUCAGGUUAAUAUGGAUUAUUGCUUCUUAACCCAAUAUCUUAGGUUAUAUCUCAGGUUAAAGGAGGAAUUUUAAGCCUUGAGACAAUUGAGACGUGGAUUGUGUGUGUGUGUCAUUCAGAGGGUGAAUGGGUAAGAUAAGAUAUUUAAGUGCCUUUGAACAGGGGGUAUGGUAGUAGGUGCC